UUCUUAUUGAUUAUGAUGUGAGUACAACUCUAUUUAUACAUAGAGAAAGAUACAGUUUAGAUUACAAACUUGAUUGAUAAGUAACUUAACAUAUAUACUUAUCUUCGUAUAUUCUCUAUAUGAAAAAAAAAAAAAAAAAGGAAGAAGAAAGAAGAAACAGACGAAGAAUAUUAAUUUCUUGGUUUUUGGCUUCCUUCUCAAGCCAUUUUGUUUACUCUUUCUCUUCUCUCGAUAAACCUUUCUUUUUUAAUCGUUUGAUAAUCCGCCAUUAAAGCUCUCACGGAAGCUCCCACGAGAACACCUUACUUCCACCACAUAAACCAGAGACUUUCCCUCUCACGAGAAAUCAGAAACCAUUACCCAUUUGCUCUGUGCUUUACAGGUUGUCUCUGUUCUUCUCUUUUGUAUAUAUAUAGUCUCUGUUUCUUGAACCUGUAACAGCUAAGUCUGAAGAAGAAGAAGAAGAAGAUGAUGAGCUUUACCACGUUGAUAUGGUGUUUGAUGAUCCUGCUUCGAUUCGGGCUCUUCACGAAGGCGAUUCUGGACCCAGUUGAUUUCUUGGCUCUGCAAGCAAUUCGUAAAUCGCUCGAUGAUUUGCCAGGUUCCAAGUUCUUCGAGUCUUGGGAUUUCACUUCUGAUCCUUGUGGCUUCGCCGGCGUCUACUGCGACGGAGAAAAAGUUAUUUCUCUCAAUCUCGGCGACCCCAGAGCCGGGUCACCCGGUUUAUCGGGUCGCAUCGACCCAGCAAUAGGCAAACUCUCUGCACUCACUGAGCUCUCCAUUGUCCCCGGCAGAAUCAUGGGUGCUUUGCCGGCAACAAUCUCUCAGCUAAAAGACCUUAGAUUUCUCGCAAUCAGCCGGAAUUUCAUCUCCGGCGAGAUUCCGGCGAGUCUCGGCGAGGUUCGUGGACUUAGAACACUCGAUUUGAGCUACAAUCAGUUAACCGGAACUAUCUCUCCGUCAAUCGGAUCCUUACCGGAGCUCUCCAAUUUGAUUCUCUGCCACAAUCACUUAACCGGAUCAAUACCACCGUUUCUCUCACAAACCCUAACCCGAAUCGAUCUCAAACGCAACAGCCUCACCGGCUCAAUCUCUCCGGCGUCUCUCCCUCCGUCGCUACAAUACCUCUCACUCGCUUGGAACCAGUUAACCGGACCGGUAGACCAUGUCUUACUCCGGUUAAACCAGCUUAACUACCUCGAUCUCAGCUUAAACCGGUUCACCGGUACAAUCCCCGGUCGAAUCUUCGCCUUCCCGAUCACAAACCUUCAAUUACAACGCAAUUUCUUCUACGGAUUGAUUCAGCCGGCGAAUCAAGUGACGAUCCCAACCGUCGAUCUCAGCUACAAUCGAUUCUCCGGUGGGAUAUCUCCGCUUCUCUCAAGCGUAGAGAAUCUCUACUUAAACAGCAAUCGCUUCACCGGUGAAGUUCCGGCUAGUUUCGUGGAGAGGUUGUUAUCGGCGAGUAUACAGACGCUGUAUCUGCAGCAUAACUUCUUGACGGGAAUACAGAUAAGCCCGGCGGCGGAAAUUCCGGUGAGCAGCUCGCUGUGUCUGCAGUAUAACUGUAUGGUGCCGCCGUUACAGACGCCGUGUCCGCUUAAGGCCGGCCCACAAAAGACUAGGCCCACUACACAAUGCAACGAGUGGCGAGGGUAGUUUGGUAAAUGCCGUUUUCUUAUAUACUUAUGUUUUUCUUUUUUUUUGGUUAUAGUUUUUGAGGAACACAGAGUGUUUCAACGUGUUAAAAAAACUUUUAAAGGAAAAAAACGAUUCGUUUAUUCGUUUGGUGAGAAUGAAGAUUAGAGUUUGGUGUGUAGAAGUGUCUUUGGAAUAAGGAUUAUAUUUAUGUGAGGAUGAAGAUUGUCUCACUAUCCAUCUGUUUCUGCGUAUUUAAAAUUUGGAAAAUGAUGGUUUUGUUUUA